AUGGCAAUGCUUAGCUUAUACGAAGCAAAUGUACAGAUGUUUAUGGAUGUCGGCAAGAAAUCAAGGGCGUGGAAGAAAAUAUCAGAAGGGUUAAAAGAUUUAUGUAUACCGGUAAAAGUACUUAAUAUCAUUAAUGCUGAAGAUGAUCCACCCAGCGAAAAGAAUCUACCACUAGUUGAUGAGUCUCCAAAACCGAAAACAACACCGGUUGCAGACGUUACAAAAACUGCAAGAAACCAGCAACAAAUUCAAAGUAUGGAAAUUAUAGAUAAAGUUCAAGAAAACCAGAAGGCAAGCGAUGAAAAUAUGACAAGAUAUUUAAAAAUGAAAGAGAAAGAAAUGGAGUUAAAGAAGAAAGCAAUCGAUGUUCGUGAAACUGAAAUGCAAGUUAAAAGAGAUGUUGCUAGUGAAAAACUAAAGUUUAAUGAAAAGAAGCACAAAGACUGGUUAAAUAUAGAAAAAUUUACAUGUGAGCUUCUAAAAAAACUGUUAAAAAGUCAUACUGACAGCGAAGAGUCUGAUUGA